GAGCAACAGUCAGUUAAGAUCUGCUCGUCGAUCGCAUCGGUUGUUCGUGAUUUAAAUUAUUGUACAUUUGUUGCGCGUUUAAAAGAUUAUAAACCAAUCAACAAGUAUUCAUUUCCUUCCUUCAUUUAGGUUACUAACACGCUAUCCGCCGGUGUUUCACUCAUUUGCAUACAAUUCAAAGUAUUUGUGGUUUUUGUUACAUACAAGUACAACCCAGUGCUGAACAGAUAAUACCAAACAAACUACAAUAACAAACAAACAAAAUAAAAUGGCCAAAUUCGUACUUAUCGCAACGUGCCUUGUUUUGGCGUCAAGUGUACGAGCACAAGAAUUAAAAGUCGAUGUCAUCAGUACGCCAGAGGUGUGUGAGCAAAAGUCGAAAAAUGGUGAUAUGCUGACAAUGCACUAUACGGGCACACUGACGGACGGCAAGAAAUUCGAUUCGAGUUUUGAUCGCGAUCAACCUUUCACAUUCCAAAUUGGUGCUGGCCAAGUGAUAAAGGGCUGGGACCAAGGUUUGCUCGACAUGUGUGUCGGUGAAAAACGUAAAUUGGUCAUUCCUCCAGAGUUGGGUUAUGGUGAUCGCGGUGCUGGCAAUGUCAUUCCACCAAAAGCUACACUAUUCUUCGAAGUUGAAUUGAUCAAUAUUGGUAAUACUCCACCACCAACCAAUGUCUUCAAGGAAAUCGAUGAGAACGGCGACAAGCAACUGAGCCGUGAUGAGGUAAACGUUUAUGUCAGCGAAUACCUGAAGAAACAAAUGACCGCCGUCGAAGGUCAGGAUUCUGACGAAGUGAAAAAUAUGCUUAAGGAGAAUGACAAACUUGUUGAGGAGAUUUUCCAGCAUGAGGACAAGGAUAAGAACGGUUUCAUCUCACACGAUGAAUUCUCUGGUCCGAAACACGAUGAACUCUAAGUCAUAAUAAAAGUGCGUCGAGGAACAGUGAUAGCUGAGCUAUCAAAUCUAAACUUGUAUAAUAUUAGUUAUGUUAAAAGCGUUGCUGUAAUGAGAAUAAAAGAAACUCAUUACAACAAAGACUCACACAUAGAAAACGCAAUAAACAACCACACAUGUUCAUAAUACAUAUUAUACAUAAAUACAUACUUAAAUAAAUUUAAAAAUGGUCGCUAUAGUACAUUGUAGGAAAUGAUGACACAUAUACAUACAUGCAUAUAUACGCAAAUAAAAAAUACUUUUUUUUACAAAGAAGGGUAAAGAAAAUUUAACAAAAUUACACCAAUAUAAAAAGCUGUUAGUGAACUUAAAGCUGCUUAUUCUUUAUUCGACUUAAGCAUUUAGUUUUACUCAUCUUUCCACUCAGUCAAUAACUUCUUCAAAUUGACCAUAAAGGUCUACAAACAUCAUUAUUCCCAUUUUAUAGUCAAGAAUGCGAUUAACGUUUUAAAUUAAAUAUUUUAUAUACUUUUGUAUUUUUUUAGCAAUCAUAACACUUUGAGUUAGUUGUUAACAUUGUAAUUUAUAUUGUGCAGACGUACGCUCAAUACUUUUUGGUGGUAAUUUAAUUGUAUGUAUAAUUAAUGUAAGCAUUUUGUAUGAAAAAUAACUUAAUGGAUGGAAGAAAAUGCGAAAUAAAGAGUUUAGUUGAAAA